UAACACAUCCAUUAAGAUCGUGACAAAUUCUCCCUAAUAUUUUCUUGAUUGAAAAAAGAAAAAAUGGCUUGUUCACCUCAAGUAUCAAAGGGAAGUUGGUUCAGGUUUCGCUAUGACGAAUACGUGGACACGCCAAAUGACACUCGAAACGUUCUCCUGGUAGUUGCUACAGUGAUCACCGCCGUAACGUUCCAGUCCGGAGUGAAUCCGCCCGGCGGAGUUUGGCAGGACGAUACGAAUGGACAUAAAGCAGGAACGGCAAUAUACGCGAGCCAAAAUGGAGCAUUUCAUGUCUUUUUAACUUCGAAUACUUUGGCCCUUUCUUCAUCAAUUCUUGUACUCAUGUCUCUGACAUACAAAUUCCCUUUUUAUCUUGAAUUGUGGGCUGCAAUUCUGGGAAUGUUUGCGACCUAUGCAUCUGCAGUUUUUGCCAUUUCACCUGAUGAAUCAGUGAGAUUUGGUGCUCUUUUUGGCGCUGCUGCUGUGCCUUUCGUGUUUAGGUUUCUGAUUCAGAUUUAUAAAAGGUUCAAAAGUAAGACAUAAUGAUUUAGAAAAGAGUGUGGGGGCAUUUUUUUAUAUUUAUUAAAAAUUUUUGAGAUUAUUUGUAAUAGAAUUUGAUUGUGUAAUUAGUGUAGAAUUAAGUUAUUUGUAGGCUUUUGUAACUCAAUAAAUUGAGUGCUAGGAUUUUUGUUUGUUUG